AUGAAAGACCAACGAGCAAUGAUGCCAGUGAGUACGAAUAACAAAAUCUCUGUCAGUUGCGAAGAUGUCAAUAACUUUAUGGACGAGUACAAGAAGAGGAGAAAGACUCAGAUGGCUCGAUUCUUCGGAGUUACCGUUAUUACACUUAUAGCAUGCAGAAUGGCCAUGAAAAAAAUGACAACAACGAAAGGCCCAUUGAACACGUUUCAAACAAAUUACGCUGCUCCACGCGUUCAGGCGCAGGCAGCAACAGGCACACAAAAGGGUCUUGCAAGUUCACUCUUAGUGACUACUGGCAUGACUCUAGGUAUAUUUGGUAUGGGUAUCACAGGGACAUGUUGGAGCUGGGACGUCUCGUCGUUCCAAGAACUGAAACAGCGCCUAGAAAAGCGUGCCAACAACGAACUUGUGAUAACAAAUAUGCCCCUCGAUAAAAGAAGCCAACAGGUGGUGGAUGCUUUGAUCGAGACACAGAAUUCCCCUCUUUGUAAAUAG